GUGACCCAAAAUAGUCGAAUUUAAUGAUCACACUACGAAACUGGACAGAAACAGUUUGGUGUUAUCCUUGAAACUGGACUCAUGGACUCCACGUCGACCAUCGGGGAGUUCCUCUGUACACUCGGGGAGAUGGGUUUCAGUCAGGAGCAGAUCCAGGCUGCCAUGCAGGCAGGUCACUUCUCUGUGCCAGAGGCAGCAGAAUGGCUUUUGCAGGGUGGGGGCAGUCCGAGGCAUAAGCUGGUAAAGCCGUCAUCCCAGCCAUCAGGCACAGCAUUUUCUGCCUUUAAUCCUCCCAAAGAUGCCAGGGAUCCAUGCACAUCAGACGCUGGUCCAUCAGAUGGAACAGGCCCUUCUUUGGUCUUGGGAGCCGCUCCUGCAAGCCCUUCUAAAGCUGGACCUGUCCCACCUCCUCUGGAGACGCGAAUCAAGCAGGACAGGAGUAAUUUCCAGGAGCAGCAGAGACAGCGAGUGGCUCAGGAGGCCAGGGCGGAGAGGAGACAGAAGAAACAGGAGCGUGAGCUGGUGCUGAAGAGGAUUGCUGAGGACAGACGCAGUCAGCAGGAGAAGGCAGAGGCCACACACGACCCUUCCCCUUCCAGCAGUCAGGGCCAGAGAUUGGGAGGACGAAUCCAGACCAGCGUGGACAACCAGUGCAUCCUCAUGAUUCGUCUUCCCUCUGGUGAAUCCAUGCGUGAACGUUUUCCCGCUGACACACCUCUUCGUAACGUGGUGGAGCACAUCACCGGACGCCAUCCCUCGUUGCCGGCCUUCUCUCUCCUGCAAGGUUUCCCACGCAAGCGUUUUGGUGAGGCAGAGCUGGCCUGCUCCCUGCGCGCACUGGGGCUCACACCAAACGCUGCCCUUUGUAUCCAGACCACACCCCCUGAGACACCCCUAGACACGCCCAGCCCCACUUCCCACCCUGAGAAGCCUCAAGAAGAGGAAGAGCUGUUGCCACCGCUGCCAAACAUUCAACAACAACAACAACAUCAGCAAGACGCUGCGGCUGUGGGCAUGGAGGGUGUGGCACUGGAGGAGCCCCGGGCUUUGCCACAUCACCUGUGGGAAGAGGCCGUGGGGUAUGCUGGUAUACCGGGUGCAGGACGACCUCUCUCAGCUUCGUCCCACCGCUGGGGACGAGGCCAGAAACUAGUCCCGGGGGAUGGGGAAGAUGAGGAGCGCUCUGAUGAUGAAGAACAACCGGAGGAAGAAGGAGUGCCCAACCCCCUUCUCAAUGGCCUGCCCCGUCUGCCCUUUUUCCCCGAAAACCGGUUCCAGGGUGGACUAGAACCGCGGCAUCACUGGCCAGACCAAGGAAACCGCCUCAGAGAGGCUGUAGCAGAUGAUCCUGCUGACGAUGAGGAGGUGCGAGUGUUGCCAGGAGCAGCCGGUCAGGCAGCAGUCGAGCGUUUACAGAGAGCUGCCAAUCAAGAAGACCCUCAUGCACCCCAGGGUCACCCCUCACCCCCCAAAAAGCCUUUUAGAGCCCCCACUGUCCCCUCACUCUGUGAUAUGGCUACACGAGCAACAGUCAGUCUAAUGACAGCACCAAGUAUGCAGUACAGCAGCAGUCUAGCGUGUCUGACCCCAGGGUUAGCAGAACUCCUGCUGGGUCACAUGGCCCGAGAGAGACUCCUCCGCCCACGCACACUGGAACUCUUUUUUGGCUGCCCACUGCAGAAGUUUGUCCUCAACUGCUAUCCAUACUCCACCAAUGAGUUGCUACGGCAACUACGAGCCUUUACCUCACUCAAGCACCUUAGUCUGGUCAACUCCCCACUUAUCACAGAUGCUGGACUCUCUGUGCUGUCAGGUUUAGUGAAACUCCAGCUUGUCAACCUGUCAUCCUGUACCAAGCUCACAGACAGCUGUCUGCCACACCUCACAGCACUCAAGAGCCUGUCCUUCCUGGCCCUGGAUCAGACCAAAGUAAGCGAUAUAGGCAUGGUGGCAUACCUGCAGUCUGCUCCCUCAUCACUCUGCCAGCUCAGUCUUAAUCAGACAGCCGUGACUGAGACCACACUGGCCAUGCUGCCCACCUGUGUGCCACAGCUCCGCCUACUCAGCAUCAAACACACCAAGGUGAAUGACUUGUCAGCACUAGCAGAGCUGUGCAGUCUGCAUACACUGUACUUGGACGGCACAGGUGUGCAGGAAGACUCCCUCCAGCACCUAGCAACCCAUCCUAACCUCUCCGCACUCAGCCUGGCUGGCAUCCCCGUUGCCGAUGGAAACGUUGCUCUGGAGAUUAUCUCAGGUCUCAGACUGAUGCAGCUGGUCCUGCCAAACAGGCACUCCGUCACGGACAGUGGACUGGCCUUCCUGUCCAGACAGGUCCUGUUAACAGAGCUAGACCUGACGGACUACACACACGUCACUGACCAGGGCGUUGCUCAACUUGCCAGCAUGAACAGGUUGAAGAAGCUGUCUCUUAGCAACACUCAGGUGACAGAUGUAGGGCUUCCUCCGCUGUGUAGCCUAAAGGAGCUGACUGAGCUGUGUCUGGACCGCACAGCCAUCACCAGCCGAGGGGUGGCAAACCUUGUCAUCCACCUGCCCCACCUACAGGUGAUGGGACUGGCCAGUACUCAAGUUGGUGACACAGUGGUGAGAAGAGGUCUGGUGCACUGCUCUCAGCUGGUGAAACUCAAUCUCAGCAGGACACGCAUCACUGACCAGGGGUUAAAGCUGUUGCGUCACAUGCGUCUGAAUCAGGUGAAUCUGGAUGGCACUGGUGUGACUCUGGCUGGGAUUGCCAACCUCAUCUCUGGCUGCACCCACCUCACCAGCGUCCGUGCCAGCCACACCCGCGCCAUCCCUCCAGACCAGCUCUCUGACGACGAAGAUGUGUCCAAUGACCUACGACCUUGAGUGCUUAGCACCUCCCUAGUCUGUCUGUCACACACACACACACACACACACAUACUUGUCCUUUCAUCUAAUGACUGGAUGAGGUCCAUGGACAUGACACGAAUAAAAAUCCUCUGUCUGCCAUUUGCAGUGCAGUGAAUGCUGGAUGUUCUACCUCUGCUUUAAGAGGACAACUCCAGUUUGAAAGAAAAAACAUGCUUAUGUUCAUCCUGCCUGUAGUCUGAUUCAGAGGGUACCGUUAAAACAGGCUGUCCCAGCAGGCUGUGGCUGAUCCUGGGUCAGUCAGGUCCUUUCUUUUUCCAUCAGAGCCAACACUGCAUCUGUCAAACACACGCUCUCACACUCUGCUCAGACCGCUUGAACAAACUAAUACACACUGCUGUAGUACCAUGGCCUCUCCUGUGAGUCUGUCCUCAAUUCUUCAUUGCCAGCAUUUGUUUUUUCAGGGGUUCACUGUAAGUAGUCAGUGAAGAUGAAUUAAGAUUGCUAAAAAAGAUUAUUACAACAAUGCAGGCAGGCUGCAUCAGCAGGAAGUGAUCAGAUCAGUGUCAAUCCAGAUUUUGUGACAACCAUAAUGAACAUACUGUGCCCUGUGACUGGGGUAAAACUGAUGCAAAAUUGUACAUGUAUAACAGUACAGACCACGGGGGCAAAAACACAACGGUGUUUACAGUUUUGGGAUCCGUUAAAUAUCGUGUGGCAGAUGAGACUGAUGUGCCAGUUUGUCUAUAAGAUCAUGUUUAUUGAUCCUCUGAUGGCAGUGAGGACUCAGCUGUAGGCCAUAACGUCCUGUCAGUAUGUGCCCUGAGAGAGAACAGAUACACAGACCUGUUCUUCAGCCACAUCACAAGAUUACAACAGCUAAUGUAGCCCUUCCAACGGAUGUUCAGCCUAAUCAAACAGCCACGGUUAGGAAAUCAGUCUGUAUACCUCUCAGGUACUUUAAGCGCUUUACGUUUGGCCUGCCUUUUUUAUUGCGUUUGGUUUAACCAGCCUAGUUCAUGCUUUGACCAAGUAUGUCGAGUACACAUUUGACAAUGUAUUUAUGUAAAUGGGUAUGAUGGGUUUGAAGUAGCCAUAGCAACCUUGCAUUGGGUUUAGAUGCCAAAGUUGACUCUAGCUAGCAUGUUGUUCUAACCUGGAACAGAAGUCUAAAUCACCUGGAGCGUGAAAUGCACUCAUUAUUAUUCAUAGAACUGUAAGAAGCUGCUCCUGCUCAUUGCAUAAUGCCCGGAUUCAUCAGUCCUCCUGCAAUAUGUCUGUUCCCAACAAAUUCAAGUCCGUGCUAAACCAUGCUCCAAAGGUAACUUAAGCUUAGUAUCUACAUUUCCUUUUUGCUUUACCUUUUACAUAAUUCUGCAAGUGUUCAACAGUGAAAGGAUCUGUAAAAUGUAUUUAUGUUUAUCACAUGUUUGUCAUCCUUAGUUUAAAAGCAGUUAUAACAGUGACCUCAUUACCUGUCAUUGGUUAUAUUUGGCUGUUUUGAACUUCAUCUUGCUGCUCACAGCCUCAGUGUUGUUUGUCACAGACUAGUUUACCAAUGCCAGUCUUCACCACUCCCUCUGAAAACAGGUGAGAGGACGUGAGACUGGCUUUCCUGGAGUUACAUCAGGCCCAGACACCAGCCUGUUUACAAAACCCUUUUUUAUCUCUUCAUACAGCUCAACCGUGAUCUCAGACACAAUUCACUUCAAAUUAGUCCACGUUUCCUCUUUUAAGGACCAUACAAAGAAGCUUGUCAUUCACAUCAGCCCUCUUCAUUUAAUAGAUUUAUUAGCACUUACUUAAUUAUUGCUUCCAAAUGAUAAUGGAAAAUGUCAUAGAUAAAUGUAAAAUGCUGAGCUGAAGUGACAUAUGGCUUUGAAAGGUUCUGCAUUAUGUUAGGAAAAGAUUUACAUGAUUAAGUGAGUAAUGAUAAACAGAUUAGUAAUUUCUCUUCUGUUACUAAUUUGCGUGUAGUCAUGAAUGCUUUCUGCUGCUAAAAUGCUAAUGUUUCAGAUUGUGUUUGGCCACAGGUGAAAUUAAUUCAACUGGUCAGUUAUGUAAAUAAAUACCCUCCCAAUCCAUAAUCCUCUCUGUCUAAUCCCACAACUGUAGUUCCAAAACUGUAUUCUUCCAGAGCUAAACCAAACCAAGCCAAGCCAAACACACACACACACACACACACACACACAAAAACCCUUAAGAUGAUUGUGUCUGGCAGUUUGUCUGUCACUCUACCAGCCUAGGUCAGAGUAAUCCUCUGUCUGAAUGAUGUGAUCAUGAAUGAUGUGAAGGUAAAAGUAUGCUUGUCUUACGGCAGAGGAGUGCCAGGUGAGGGAGGUCUCUCCACCCUCUCUCUUAGUAAAACCCACUCUAUUUCUGCUUACUUCAGACAAACAGCAGUCAACUGCAUGUUAUGCUAUAGACAUGAAACAGGCUUUUUCUCAUCAUCUCUGUGUUCCCAUCUCUUAAGUAAUCCAUCCAUUCUUUCUUUUUAAUCCAUUUGUGAUUCCACUCAGUGAUGCCUGUGAGAUGGAGACAUACUGGAGAGUGCAGGGAGAUCAGGAACAGAGGCUCAGGGUGCAGAUAGUGCCACAAAAAACUUUAUGAAUUAUAACAAGUUCUGAACAGCAACAAUAACAAAAGACGCCUGGUGUUGAUUUAUUGGUUUACAGGUUAAUCCCGUGGUUACUUUUUUCAUCUCUCAUAUGUGCAUGUCUUUGUCUCUCUCACACAGUGUACAGUGUGCUCCUCUCUGUGAAUGUUAUUGGUGUGGAGAGAGGCUAGUUCUUAGCACUAAUCAUGUGUCCACCUCAGAAAGCCAUAAUGUGAGUGUGGGUGUGUAAAUGACUCUGAUCUUCCAUUGGUUUAAAUGGAAGUCAUUUCUGAAAUUCCUCCUGUUUCCCCCUGUUAUUGUAUGUUAAAAAUCAUAUCAGAAUAUGGCCUUGAACAAAAUGUGAGGACCAGCACACAUAUGAUGCAUGUAUUUCACGUGUACACAGCCUAACCUCCAAAGUAUGUGAGGAAGACCUAAUCAAAUUUGUCUCUUUAAUCAUGGCACUGGAGUUCAUAUGCACAGCUUAUUUUUCAGAAUGCAAAUGAGAAUGCUGUCAGAGUAUUUUUUACCUGUAAAUGAAAUUGAA